CAAAAAAUGAAAUUUUUAUUAGUUUUUGAAAAUUUCCACAUUCACCCUUCUCUUUAGUCAUUUGCAAAGACCCACCAAACCCUAAAAUGAUACUCAAAUUUCAUUUUAGAAUAUUGCUAACAUACAAAAUUACAUUGUAGCAUAAGAUAAUAUUGAUGUUCUGUAAAUGCACAACAAUUAGUCAUCUCUCUCUAAUCUCUCUCACUCUAUACCACAAAUGAGGUGAUAAGAACUAUAAACCUAAGGAAAUGCUUCUAGUUCCCUAACCAUUGCAGUUAAGCUUUAGUUGGCAAAUGAAGGAAGCUCCAAACAAGUAGUACUGAAGUUUCGGGCACAAAAACCCCACAUUGAAGAACAUUAAAGUUUAGUAUUUCUAGACCUCCUCACAAGAGUCCAAACCCCUCUCUAUAUCUGUUAAAACACACCCACCUCCCAAAAACUCAAGUGAUGAAGACGAUGGAAUGGCUAAGUGAUGAAGACGAAGAGAUGAUGCCGCGUCUGCAGACGAAGAGGUGAAGAAGAGUCGAAGACGAGAGGAAAUGAAGCAGAGUCAGACGAAGAAAUAAUUUUAACCUAAUCGGUAAAUUUUAAACCCGAACCGAUUUCGGUUCGGUAACGCUGUUGUUACUAACCGGUCCAACCCGAACCGAAUCGCGUCGGGUCGGUUUUUCACCCCUUAUAAUGAAGUUUACGCCCUGCUUUGCCUUCAUCUCCGACCACGUUGCCUGGUCUCGGACGGCUCCGGCUUCUUCUCGACGAUAUUGUCGGCAGGACUUCGCUCACUGCAUCUAUAAAUUCGGCGGCUCGUCCCUGAACACGGGCGGCGCGACUUUCCCUAUCUUUUGACGCGGCGUCAGUACCGGUCCAUUUAGAUCAGAGUUUCUCUUAAUUAAUUUCUUCACAAACAAAACUAGGGUAUCUCAAGGUGACACACUAGGGUGAAUAAAUCCCUUGUCCAUAAGUUCCUCCAACUGCACUUUGAAUUUCUUAUGCUCAACGAGUGUCAUUCGAUAAGUUGCUUUACAGCGUGGUUGUCCUAGGUAGCAGAUCUAAUAGAAGUCCAUUUAUUGGUUGGAGGCAUUGCAAGGAGAUCUUUGGGGUGUGAAGUACCUCCUCUGUUGUAAGGGCUUGACUGGUGUGAAAGAUGUCAAAAUUGCGAGCACUCUGGAGAGCUUCUGUAAAUACAACAAAAAAAGCUCUCGCUUGGAAUGUUGAGGAUUGGAUACCACCUACUGAAAAAUACAUAUUCAACUUCAAUUCCAAGCAGGAAGUUAAGAAAUGGCAUUUAUAUUCAGAUUCUGAAUAUGGAGGAUUGUCAUCAGCGUCAUUGGAAAUCAGUGAAACUGGAAAUGAGCUUCGUGGAGUUUUCUCUGGAAAUCUCUCCUUGGAUAUAAGUGGGAACUCAAAAUGGAACAUAACCCGGAGUGGGUUUUGUGGAAUGCGCUCCAAAAAGAGAUUUGCACCUGUAGAUGCUGGCAUGCACAGUUACAAGAAUCAUAAACCCUUCCUUGUGUUUGAUGGCUAUUUUGAUUUGGAUUCGUAUGAUUCAAUUGCAAUGAAAGUUAAAGGAGAUGGACGAUGCUAUAUAUCAACUAUUUAUACAGAGAAUUGGGUGAACUCACCAGGACAGGAGGAAGAUAAUUCUUGGCAAGCAUUUUUUCUAGCGCCUAAAGGUGAUUGGUAUAUUGCCAAGAUUCCUCUCGAUCGAUAUUUACCAACAUGGAGAGGGAAUGUAAUAGAUGCAGAGUUGGAAAUGAAUCCAUCUCGUAUUGUUGGAAUGUCUUUAUCGGUUAAUGCGGCUGGUCGCUUUCCUGGUGCUACAUCUGGGCCUGGUGACUUUCAAGUCGAAAUCGAUUGGAUCAAAGCCUUGAGAACUCAGUGAGUCAGUUUUGAUUUUGUUACAUAUUAGAAAUAAAUAACUUAACUAUGAUCCCUUUUUAAUCUCUGCUCCAAUAAAAAUGCAAAUUUUUGUACCAAAUUAUUUUCAGAACUUUUGUAGUCUCGAAUAUGUAAAACACGUCCCAUUUGGGUCUUUAGUCUUGGAAUAUAUACAUCAAACUUUACUUUA